UCUAUGGCUUCCUGUCAGGAUCGACCGGCGGCGGAGGAUGAGGCUGGCGGCGGUGGCGGCGCUGCUGCUGCUGGUUCUCCGGCCGGGUGAGGCGGGCGAGACCGGCGCGGUGACCUGCGGCUCGGUGGUGAAGCUGCUCAACCCGCGUCACGGCGUCCGCCUCCAUUCGCACGACGUCCGAUACGGAUCCGGCAGCGGGCAACAGUCGGUGACCGGAGUCACCAGUGUGGACGACAGCAACAGCUACUGGCGAGUGCGGGGCAAGUCGUCCAGCGUCUGCGAAAGAGGCACCCCGGUACAAUGCGGCCAGACCAUCCGCUUGACCCACAUCAACACAGGCCGCAACCUGCACAGCCACCAUUUCACCUCUCCCCUUUCAGGCAACCAGGAGGUCAGCGCCUUUGGGGAGGACGGUGAGGGGGACUUCCUGGAUGACUGGACCGUCCUGUGCAGCGGCAAGUACUGGGAGAGGCAGAGCGAGGUGCGGUUCAAGCACACGUCCACCGAGGUGCUCCUUUCGGUCACCGGGGAGCAGUACGGCCGGCCCAUCCACGGACAGAGGGAAGUUCACGGCCUGGCUAAGUCCGGCCAGGACAGCUUCUGGAAGGCCAUGGAAGGGAUCUUCGUCAAGCCCACGGAGUGGCUCAAGGCCGGCCUCUACCACACGGAGCUAUGACCGGCAAGGGGCAUCCUCGUACGCCUACCACUCAAGGCCAUCCCGUCGGUACAGUCUCCCAGGCGGUGGCUGUGCUGACCGAGACGGGGCUGCGGCGGGCUCUUCUUUCCCACCCCCUGCAAAGGACAGUGGCCUUUCUGUGCUCGCUCUCGGCACGUGGCCCAUCGCUGCCUGUUUCAAGACAGGCUCUGUGUGUGCGCGUGCGUGUGUGCGUGCGUGCCUGGGAAUGGGCCCUCAAUAAACAUUGGAUAUCCAAACAGCU